AUGGAAGGUGUUGAAAAAGCCAUAAACGAGGCCGUCAAGAAUGACACCAUUCUAGGCGCCGUCGUCCUCGCGAGGGACAAGACCGGAAAACUCAACUACUCCCGAGCCUUCGGCAGCCGCCAGGUAUCACCAGAGCCAGAGCCCAUGACGCUGGACACCGUCUUCUCGAUAGCCUCCAUGACCAAGCUCAUGACGAGCAUUGCGGCGCUGCAGCUCGUGGAGCGCGGCCUGGUCAAGCUCGACGACGACGUCGCCUCGCUCCUCCCGGUCCUGGCCCGGCAGGAGGUCCUGACGGGCUUCUCGCCAGACGGCGUCCCCGCCACGGAGAAGCGGAGGGGCCCCAUCACGCUGCGGCACCUGCUGACCCACAGCUCAGGCGUCGGAUACGACUUCCUGCAGCCGGAGAUCAACAGAUACAAGGAGCACCACAAGCUCUCCCUCGCGCCGGGCAGGACGAUCAAAGAGCGCUUUGGCAACCCCCUCGUGAACCAGCCGGGCGAGGGGUGGGCGUACGGCGGGAGUCUGGACUGGGUGGGCAAGCUGGUCGAGAAGCUCGGCGGCCUCACGCUGGAGGACUACAUGAAGAGGCAUAUCUGGGAACCCCUCGGUCUGAAGGACAUCACGUUCUGGCCCGGCGCGCGCCCGGGCGAAUUCCGAGCCCGCCAGGCCGCGAUGAGCAUCAGGGACGCCGAGACCGGCAAGGCCGUGCAGUCGCGGAAGCCGAUCAACAUAAGCGAGGGCCUCGUCGAGGCGGCGGGAGGGCAGGGCGCGUUCGCGACCAUGAGGGACUACAUGGAGAUUGUGCACUCGCUCUUGGUGGACGAUGAGCGCUUGCUCAAGAGGCAGACGACGGACAUUAUGUUUAAACCGCAAUUACCGUCCUUCCCGGCCGCAAAAGCGGCGCUGCUAGAGGACUUCAAGCAUCCGGAUUGGGCUGUAGGAAGCUUCCCAGACACGGGGGAGUAUGAUUGGGGUCUAGGUGGCAUAUUGAUUGACGGCGACAAGCAUCCGCACCGAAGGAACGGGGCGAUGCUAUGGAGCGGAGCGCCUAAUCUAGUCUGGUUCAUCGACCGUGCCGCUGGUCUAUGCGGUGUGUUUGGAGUCCAGGUGCUGCCUCCGGCUGAUCCGCAAGUUACGAAACUAGUUGAGGUUUUUGAGCAAGGAGUAUAUAGUCACAGUAGUGUCAAGACAAAGCUCUAG